AUGUGGUUUUCAGAAACCUUCAUCCCCUCUUACCCCCGUUCCGCCGUUGCACUUGCCUUGACCGAUGGCAUCGACGACAUCGUUCAAGACCUUUCCCCCCGCGUCAUUUCCAGCAUCCGCGCACGACUCUGCAGCGAAAUGCGGCCACUUAACAAAGUCCAAAUCCUCUUCUCCCAUCUUGAUGCCCAAUGCGGCAACAUCGACCUCGUUCGCGCCUUCCAAGAAGCCCUGUUGUUACAUGGUCGCAUCGAAUACAUGGUCAACGGCGACUUAUUGGCGUGUCAUGGCGACAUUGAGCUAGACGAAGAGGCCUACGAAGUUGGUAUUUGGGAGCCUGACUGUGACCACAUCCGCCCUUCAAUCGCGCAUCCCGCCACUCGGAGGAGCGACGAGGACGGAGCAAGUUCUCCCGAAUAUAGCACCAUUAUUGUCGACUCCGCCGAUCCACCUGAUGACGGCCGGUUGGGAAAAGAAACAGCUUCGGAUGCGGACGAAAGAGACCCAACUCUUCCUGACAUUACGGCGCCAAGAACUCAUCUCGCGGCUCCUUUGCCACCGCUCAAUAUCCACGAGCAUAACCGGGUUUCUUUGCGUCCUCGUCGACGAUUUAGACCAUUUCUAUGGCAUAGAAUGAUGAAGUACAGAGGAAAUUAUUGA